AUGCAUAGUACCAUGAUAGAAAGAGGUAACAUUUGUAUGCUAUUAGAUAAAAACGACAAUCUAAAUGACACAUAUUCUAUAAGAACUCAACGUGUAUUAGCUGAAAAUAGUAAGAGAAUGGAUUCGAUAUUUACAAAUUCAAUUCAGUAUUUAUUAUCAGGUUAUAAAAGUGGUGGGGAAAAAGUACACAAUUAUGGACAUCAUUCCCCCUCACGAUACGAUGCAAAAAAUGGUGAUUAUGAAUAUUUACAACUUGAUAUAGAAGAUGAUUAUUUUAUGCAGUCCCAAUUUGAUAUAGCAGAUGAUGAUGAUCAUACUAUACCGUAUUGUGAAAAAAUUGAUUAUGAUAGCAUAAUAGACAUUACUAUAACAAAAGGAAUGAAUCAGAAAAACACAUCAUCGAGGUAUGACGAAUCACAUCACAGACGUGAGGACAACAUUUAUCAUGAAGGAAAAAAAGGUACCAUUAAUACGCUUCACAGAAAUGAUGACUAUAAUGAAAUAAAAACACGGAAUUCAUCGAGUACAUUAGACAAAUAUAAUGAAUAUGGUGGUGGGGAAAAUAGAAUUAUGAAAAAAUUAUCACAUAAAAAUAAAAUUAAAGAAUUUUGUGCAUGUAGUUUAGGUGCAUUGUCCCCACUACUUUUAGCGCCUCUGUUUUUAUAUCCUCCCUUAUUGGCUUUAACUUUUUUUGGUUCUGUUUUUGGGUUGACAGGGUAUUUUUACAACAAAAAAAAAAAAAAACGAUUAUAA